CCGAGAGAGACUCGUUCAAGGGCUGCCCUGCCCCACACAGCACGGUUGAUGGACUCGACUGCCCCAGGCAGCGGUGUCAGCUCCCUGCCGCUGCUCCUGGCCCUUGUCCUGGGUCUUGUGAUUCUCCAGUGCGUGGUGGCAGAUGGGAACACAACCAGAACCCCUGAAACCAAUGGCUCUCUUUGUGGAGCUCCUGGGGAAAACUGCACAGGUACCACCCCUAGACAGAAAUCGAAAACCCACUUCUCUCGGUGCCCCAAGCAAUACAAGCAUUACUGCAUCCAUGGGAGAUGCCGCUUCGUGAUGGACGAACAAACUCCCUCCUGCAUCUGUGAGAAAGGCUACUUUGGGGCCCGGUGUGAGCAGGUGGACCUGUUUUAUCUCCAGCAGGACAGGGGGCAGAUCCUGGUGGUCUGCUUGAUAGGCGUCAUGGUGCUGUUCAUCAUUUUAGUCAUUGGCGUCUGCACCUGCUGUCAUCCUCUUCGGAAACAUCGCAAAAAGAAGAAGGAAGAGAAAAUGGAAACUUUGAGUAAAGAUAAAACUCCCAUAAGUGAAGAUAUUCAAGAGACCAAUAUUGCUUAACUUAAUGAUUAUAAAGUUACCACAAGCUG